UUUCCAUGAAAGGAGUGCCUUUGAAUUGAGGUCACGGCGAGAGUCAAUGCCGCUUCUUCCAUUGCGCUAAUCAUCCGCCGGUGGUCGUCUCCCCGGGCAGGAAUUACCGCGACGGCAGUGGGACAUCUAGUCGGCCUUUCGCAAUAUUUUAAUGGAAGCAACCCACUAGCUCUUAACCUUCUUCUUCGUCUUUGUCUCUGGAAUUUAACUACUCUCCUUCCCCCUUUUUUUUGGAAUCCAAGUUGAGCCGGUUAACUGUCUCGAAAUCGAGACGAAGAACUGUUGAAUUUCCGAUCUGCCGGUGCCCUUCCUGCUGCUCUCUCUCGCUCUCUCUCGACGGUAGUGAUCAAUGGCGGCUGUGGGCUUUCGUUUCCACCCGACCGACGAAGAGCUCAUCGCCCAUUACCUGAAGCGUAAGAUGAACGGCCACGAUGCCCUAGUCGAUCAAGUCAUGGGCGAAGUGGAUGUCUACCGCUUGGAACCAUCGGACUUACCCUAUCAUUCGCUGAAUGGUUCGUCGGAGGACCAAGUGUGGUAUUUCUUCUGCCGUCCCGAUUACAAGUACAAGAACAGUAGAAGGGCCAGCAGGGCGAAUGAGAGUGGUUUCUGGAAAAUCACAGGAAAGCCCCGUUUCAUCUUGGCCAGAGAUUCUGGCGACAAAAUUGGGGUGAAGAAGACUUUGGUUUUCUUCUACAAAGCCCGCGGCGAUGAUGCUAAACCCAUUAGUACCGACUGGGUUAUCCACGAAUACAAUGCCACAGAACGCCUUCCUGAUCAGAGGGAGUAUGUUAUCUGCAAAUUGAAGCACAAAGGGGAUGAUUGGACGAAGGGUAAAGUUAGCAAUAAUGGUGAACUUAGUCAUACUACACCUGUUUCUGAUGUCGAAGAUCAUGGUCCUGCAAUCCCAGUGCAAGAAUCAGCUCCUGCAAUGCAAUCACCAGUGUGCUUUGAGGAAGGUAUAUCCAUCGAUGAUUUCUUAGAAGACAUCAACUUCACGGAAAAAGCUAAUAACGGGUCGACCUUUAGAUUUGAGUCUGAUGAGGAAGUGGAUCCAGACAGUUAUCUUGUUUUCCCGGAUGAUAGCUCCACCAUGCAUGCUCUCCCUAAUGACCAUACACCUGAGAAGUCACUGAGCACGUAUCAUCCAGACGAUAGCAUUGCAGAGGUUAACGUGAUUAACACAGUAUUUCCUGAGAUUUGCGAAGUUCUCUCUGAAGUUGAAGCUUCUUCCACUAUGGUUCAGUGGCAGGGUGCACGAGCUGCUUAUACACGAUCUUCAACUCUCAUGCCCCCCACAAAUACAAGUUACUUAAAGGCAGCAAGAAAAGUUGAGGAGACAACUGGGCGAUUGACUAGAGCUGCAGAAGCUGGGAAGGGAGGACGACUUCCAGAAACUGCAAGAUCCACAAAUUCCGUCUGCUUUGCGAUGGCGCAGCAUUCAGGACUGAAGUUGAGCCCGGCAGCUUCAGCAGCUGAAGUGUGCAAGAGACCUGUUUCGAUCAUACAUAUGGUGGAGAUUCCAGCAAGUCAGGUGCUAAGUCCACCAACUGUAUAUAUCGCCAACAUACUGGUGGCUCUGCUGGUAUUCGCAUUCUUCAUCUCCGACCUGCCUUUUCUUCGUUGAAAGAUGCUAGCUUUCGUCCACUCGCGUUUGUCAGAAGUGGAUUCGUAGGCAAAAGAGUAUACGAAGAUCCAUAGCCCCCUUUUUUGUGUAGGCUGUCGGGGUAAUAUAUAUAAGUAUAUAAGUAUAGAGUGCAUAGGUAUAUGGUACGACAUAGUAGAGUAGAGUGCUGCAACUAAGCAAUGUUUAGGGUCGAGAAAUGUGAAGAACAUUAUGCUUUUUGUUAUGUGCUUAAAUAUAACCAUCAUCCCUUCUCUAUAUUGAAUCAUCAUCUCAUCGUUGUAUGAAUUCACUAUGCUAACUACAUUAGGAAAGAAACAACUGCCCAAACGGAGGACCUCUAGUGAAAAUAUGUUGGUUAAGGUCGGAUUCAACUGUCAAUAGAUUGAAAUGUGAUUGACUAAAACCUUAGUACUCCUUCAUUAUCAUCUAUAUCGGUGGAGAAUAGCAUCGGUCUGAUUCCGUGAUCUGUAACCUCCAGAAUCGAAAGAAAAUAACAUUUCGGAUAAAUCGCCCAAAAUCUGUGAUGGUACCACUUUGGAAUCUGCCAAAAAUUGACCCAGAAUAAAUCCGCCAAAAUCGGUGCUUAAUGGACUCAAUCAUCAUUGGAUAAUAGCCUCAGGCCGAAUCCGUGAUCUGUAGCCUUCAAUAUCCAAAGAAAAUGGCCUUUCGUCGCCCAAGAAAUUACGAAAAUGCCAUCCGAAAAUAAAUUGGCCCAAAUCGAUGCUUAACGGACUUAUCAUCCGUGGAGAAUAGGAUCAAUAGACUUCAUUAUCGGUGGAGAAUAGCCUCGGCCUGAUUCCGUGAUCUGUAGCCUCCAGAAUCGAAAGAAAAUGACAUUUCUGAUAAAUUGCCGGAAAUCUGUGAUGGUACCCCUUUGGAAUCUGCCUAAAAUUGACCCGGAAUAAAUCCGCCCAAAUCGGUGCUUAAUGGACUCAAUCAUUGUUCGAGAAUAGCCUCAGGCCGAAUUCGUGAUCUGUAGCCUUCAAUAUCCAAAGAAAAUGGCCUUUUGUCACCGAAGAAAUUACGAAAAUGCUAUCCGAAAAUAAAUUGGCCCAAAUCGAUGCUUAAAGGACUUAUCAUCCGUGGAGAAUAGGAUCAAUAGACUUCAUUAUCGGUGGAGAAUAGCCUCGGCUUGAUUCCGUGAUCUGUAGCCUCCAGAAUCAAAAGAAAAUGGCAUUUCGGAUAAAUGGCCCGAAAUCUGUGAAGAUACCCCUUUGGAAUCUGCCAAAAAUUGACCCGGAAUAAAUCCGCCUAAAUCGGUGCUUAAUGGACUCAAUCAUCUUUGGAGAAUAGCCUCAGGCCGAAUCGGUGAUCUGUAGCCUUCAAUAUCCAAAGAAAAUGGCCAUUCGUCGCCGAAGAAAUUAGGAAAAUGCCAUCCGAAAAUAAAUUGACCCAAAUUGAUGCUUAAAGGACUUAUCAUCCGUGGAGAAUAAGAUAAAUAGACUCCAUUAUCGGUGGAGAAUAGCCUCGGCCUGAUUCCGUGGUCUGUAGCCUCCAGAAUCGAAAGAAAAUGGCACUUCGGAUAAAUCGCCCGAAAUCUGUGAUGGUACCCCUUUGGAAUCUGCCAAAAAUUGACCCGGAAUAAAUCCGCCCAAAUCGGUGCUUAAUGGACUCAAUCAUCGUUGGAGAAUAGCCUCAGGCCGAAUCGGUGAUCUGUAGCCUUCAAUAUCCAAAGAAAAUGGCCUUCCGUCGCCCAAGAAAUUACGAAAAUACCAUCCGAAAAUAAAUUGGCUCAAAUCGA